GGACCCGAGCAAAUAAAAUACCCCUGGGGCGUUGCUCCUCUGGGAGCACCGGGAAUCACCAGCCGCGGAGCACGGGGAGCCGGGGCGGGGCCGGCCGGGCGGGGCAGCCCGGACCCCCCGCCUCCCUCGGCGCCUCCCCCGGCCCAGCGCCCGGUGCUCGCCCGGUCCGGAGCGCGGCACGGCGGCAUCGCGGCCAUGGGCUCCCGUCUGAGCCGGCAGAGCAGCCUGGAGGAGGAGAGCCCCGAGGAGCCCUGUGCCGGGAGGCUGGAGGGCGGCCGGGGCGACUUCCACCUCUCCUCCCUGCUCCUCCACCCGCAGAAGCUGCCCGGGGUUCUGCGGAAAGCUUCGCCGGCGCCUUACGUGCGGCGGGUGGGGUGGCUGCGGGAGAUCCAGGCCACCAUCCGGGAGCACAAGCGGGAGCACGCCGUGCACAUCCUCAGGCUGCUUAGGAAGGACCUGGGACUUGAAGGAACAUUCCUCAAUGAAGUGCUCUACAAAAAUGCAACUUUCCUCAACUUGGUGGAUCCCAUCUCCCAUGAUUUGCUGAUGAGCCUCGCUAGAGAUCUGCAGUGUCCCAAAAAGGAAUAUGACCCCUGGAAAUCCUCAGACAGGAUCUGCAGGCAGCUGAUUUACCACCUGACCCCCCACUCAAAAUGGCACCGGCACGGCAUGCCCCGGAGGAAGUCCCAAGUGUGCCUGAAGACCAGCCUGCAAAAGAAGGUGAGCCAAGACUCCAUGGAUUUGUCAGGGAUCCCCCUGACCAUGCGUGAUGUCCACCGCAUGGCCUACUACCUGCAGAACAACGGGGACCGCCUCACCUCUGUGGACCUGAGCUUCACUGAGCUGAAUGAUGACAUGGUGCGCCUGCUGCUGCCCUUCCUCUGGGCACUACCCAAGCUCACUCACCUGUCUCUCAAUGGCAACCGACUGACACGGGCAACCAUGAAGGAGCUGACUGACACCAUGAAGGACAUGAACAAGUUCCCUUGCCUGGCCUGGGUUGACCUUGGCAACAACGUGGACGUCUCCUCCAUGCCUCAGCCAUUGCUCGUGGGCCUGCGCAAGCGCCUCAGCCAGCAGACCACACUGCCUACCAUCUAUGAGGCGCUCGACUGCGACUCGGAGAUCUCCAGCGGGCAUGAGGGCAGCCAGCCAGAGGAUGAAGCAGCAGGAAGCACCCCACCACGUGCUUUCUCUCAGCAGGGCUGCGAGAGGUGACUGGACAACAGGCUGGCACUGGCACACUGAAGCCACCCCAAGGAGACCUCUUGAGUACAAACAUCAAGCAGAGGGCCAGCUUUACCGGCUUCCUUUGGCUCUUUCCUCUCGUCUUCCCUGACAUCUCCCCCCAACUUGCUGUGAGACAAAAGCCUGUCAUCCCCCCACAACGUGCUCCGCUCCCUCCCCUCACUGCCAAACCCAUCGCCCACAUUCCGGAGAGGAACCAGUGACUUACAGUGAACCUGGUGCCCAGGCAGGGUCUCACUGGAAGACGGGAAAAGACCUGUCGGAGUCAAGAAUAUCCUCCAGCAGCCAUUGGGUUGAGGGAAAGGGAUGGGGGGGAACCUAAAACAGAAACAGGCUUGUAGUUUACUUUCUUUCUUCCUUUUCCUAUGCACCUUGGGACCUGCAGCCCUGAGUGUGAAAGGAGGUACCCCAAGAGCCUAGCUGUUGUGGAGCCCGGCAGUGUGUCUCCCUCUUGUGUCUGGCUCCUUUUGUUUUGUUUUUUUCCUAUUGUGUGUUUUGUAUUAACGUCUGAACAAAGGGACUUGGUCAGAGACCAUUGGAUUGCAUAGGCUGGGGCGGACACAUGGCUUGGAACUGCAGCAUCAGGAUAUUUGCUGUGUGACCGGGGUGAGAGGGAGGGGAAGGAGCAAAAAUGAAAAGCAUUUCAAAUGUCAGCAAGAUCUGCUUAAACUCUUACAGUCUAAGCAGAGCAGCACUCUGUGCCAAGAAGAAAACUCGGGCAUGAAGCAUUUAAAUGAAGGCUUGGAGCUGCCUGGUGAGUCAGUGGCAUAUCUAGGAAGAGGGAGCAGGGGUGCUGAGCGUUCCGUCUUUGGCUCUGAGCACUGUCUCUCUAAGGCUCUGCGUCAAGGCAUCUUCACAGCUUUUCCAUAACAGUGGGAUGCCCCCAAAAUGAGGCAAGACCCCCAGCGUGCAGCCCAGCACCGAUGGAGCUCUUCCCUGCAGAGUCCCUGGCCCAGCCCCAGAGAGGAUCUGUGCAGCCUGUUUCCAACCCUGCUGAAAGUUGUGCGUUUGGUUUGAGCUGUGCUCAAACAUCCUCAGCAGGAUGGAGAUGAGACAUUCAGCCCCUUGCAAGGGAAUUCUGUGCUAAUCACUGUCAAUGCCUGGCUGCCAGUUGGGAGCUCCGGGAGCUGGAGAUAAAGCAUGGCUUGAAACAGACUGGUUCAGCUGGGCAGCUGUGGGAUCCAUGUUUAUUUCUCCAUAUGUACUAAAUUGCUUUGCCAUAAAAACCUCCCCAUGGAGAACUAGUUAUGAAUAAAUACAUGUAAAUGCAAAUUAUGAGGUCCUGGCCUAGGAAACUGCCACUGCUUCUUGGAUGAAUUCUGUUGGGCUGCAACUUAGCUGCGGAGAAACUAUCCCAGCACACCCAGCUGAUCCCUGCCAGCUCCUGACUGCACCGACAGGUGAAGAACUCUCAGGAGCACAGUGGUGUGCUUCCAGCUCCAGAGCUGCGAAGUGUCCUAGUGCCCCCCUACAGAGGAGAAGGCCUGGCAGCCCCAAAUCCAGAGGAAGCUAUUUUCAUAAAAGCCAAGUUCACAAAUCAGAGAGGAUGACACAACCCGGAUAAGCCUUUCCUUGCACUGAAUGAGAAAGCUCAGGGCUCACAAAGGGGAUUAAAGGGAUGAGCUGCUAAUUCAGGUCUCCUCACUGAUACCCAGAGGGACCAGCUUUGUUAUGCUCCUAAAUCAGGGGAUGCCUGCCCCACAGUGAGCCUCUGUCUCCUACUAGAUAACACAGCAGGAGAGAUGGAUCCCUGUCAUACUGAAUACUUUCCUCAGUACUGUACUUGCUGGUAUAGGGCUGCAACCUCAGCUACUUAAAGCAGCACACACACCUCAGUAUCAAGACUCAUACAGCCGGCUAUCUCCAGCAUUUGCAGUUUCCCAGACGGCCUCCCUCCCUCCCUCUCCAUGCAGGAUGCAGACGGUCAGCCUGCGAUGGGACCCGUGUCAUCUAGCAGAGAGGAAGCUGCAGCUGCACAGGGUAGUAUCACAGCCCCUUCCCCACCCUUGACCUCCCACCAGGUGAUCAGUCUCACAAUAGAUCACCUGGGGCCAGAUAGCAGAGGGAAGAAGGAACAGGCCAGAUGUUGUCAGUUACUCAAACAGAAACGCACUUGUUCCCUCCCUACCUAACUGAACAACACCUUCCCCAAUCCUCCAUCCUUUAUUUUACCUCAGCCUCUGACCAUAAAACCCAGGGUAACCAUCUUAGCAAGCUCCAGGUAGUAAUGUGCCUAGCACAGAGGUCACCACAAGCUUCCCUCAGUCCUGUGACUCUGUCUAAAUAACUGGUAAUCAUUUUGUUGCAGUAAGGUUGCAAAAAGCAGCUGGAAGCACAGGCUUGUCUGAUCUAUUUUUAUUUCACACACUUCAAAACCUGUCAAGGCCCUUCUCUUCUGCACUGCAAAGGCUCCUUUUUCAACUUACAACUCACUCUGCAUCAGAAGCACUUGGAAGAUGAAGGAGUUUGUACUGAUUGGGGUAGACUGACAGGCUCCUUAGCGGACAGCUGCUGACAAAGAUGACAAAAUAUAAAUUGUUUCAUCUUAAGAAAGCAAACAAGUGAGGAUUAAACGUUUGCCUUUAGAGAUCGCCCUGGCCACCACCAGAGCACAUUUGUUUCACAGUUCAGAAGAGGCAAUGGUGUGUCUCAAUACGAACUCCUACCACUACACUAUCUUGACAGCGCAGCAGGUGUAACAGCCUUCACGGGCAGCUGGCAGAGAGCCCAGCCACCCCAGCUCUGAGCGGCUGGGGACAAUUAUCAAUGGACAAGAGAAUCUGUUUUGCAGUUUACUGGCAUUAAACAAGUGCUCUUGAAAUAGAUGCAAUAGCUGGUUUAAGGCUGCCAAGAGGUAGUUCACAAAACAAAAUAGACCGGAACACUUUUAGCUGAGGCCAGCGCUCUGGGAAGCCAUGACCGCAUCUUGAUCUACUUUGAGACACUAAGUACUCGAUUAUGAAUCUCUUCUGUUCCUCUCUGACUUGAUAGUAUUCCGGUUCAGUGAUGCUGAUUCAAAACCCACAAAACACAAUAACCACACAGUAACUCUUCCCCAGGAGAAGGGUGAAGAGGAAAGUCAGCUUUCCUUCCUUGUGCAUUUACUCCUUGUCCCAAAGCCCAGCACUCCCCCUGCUGCAUCCAAACUGGCCUCAAAUGCAAGUGAACCACAAAAAAUCUGAUGUUUCCUCCUACAGCAUCAGGUUUAUUCAGCUUGCAUGCAGGCAUGACACAAGGGUGGAGGAUAGGUACUUUGCUGCUUACUGAUCAGCCAGUUCCUCCACUUCUGGGAGGAUUAUUCCUCCCAGUCCGUUUUUGAGGCAAUCUGCCCCAAGUUGGAUACAAUGAUGGGAAGCAUUUGGAAAGCUAUCGAACCACUACAUUAUUCAACCUGUAACUCCCCUGAAACACAUGGGGUCUCAUUAAGCACAAAGAUGGCACACAAAUCUGGACAGAGGCACUUCCCCAGACUAAGAGCAGCAGCUGCCUUUAGGUCUCCGUGUCAGACUUCUGAGCGGAGCUUUGUUCUUCAUCCCCUGAAAUCUUCUGGUUUGCAGAGCCAACAGUUUAACGUGUGCACCUUUGGAUGAACUCUGCUGCAACUGAAUAACUGAAUAAGUCAGAACCAAAACGCUCAUUUUACCAACAGUUUUUUGGAGUUUUAGUUUUUCAGAAACUGCAAUUGAAAGAGAACAAAAUGGAGGACACCAAAGGAACAGCUUUGACAUGCAACCAGAUACUCAGAAGCAACAGCCCAGAGGGUCUCUCCACUGCAAGGUCGCCUCGCCAGGGUCUCAGCCCUGGACUGUCCCAUCCCUCAGCUCCAGUAUGAAUAUGAGUAAUUUAGAGAGGACUGGCCUGUGCCUGUGCCAGUCUCCCACUGGUGGUGCCCGAGCCUCCUGCCUGCCCACUGCUAACAGCACCAGGACAACAGGGGUGAUCGGCCAUUUUGUCACCCUCUGAACUGAAAGGUCAGGAGCAGAAAUGGCGGCUGCAUCGCCUCGGUUUUUGUACUGAUGUGCUGUUUCUGUCCCCUACCAAUAUUAUUAGGUCACUGAGUUGCCUCUAAAUGGGUGACGCUCACUGACUUUCCAGAAGACCAUAAUGGAGACUCCCUUGUGGUAAACACACAGAAGGGCCUUCUUUAAAAGGAAGGCAGGCAAUGCCUGGCUCCUACGUGCCUUGCCUGCUGGCAGAAAUUAAGCCAAGCCAGAAAAAGGCACUCCCUACCCACUAACCUCAGCUGUCCCAGAGGAGAGAAGACAUUUUGCCAUCCUGGGGCAGGUGCUCUGGAGCUGGGUGGUCACUUGUCCUCUGCAAGCAGGGAGAGCAGGGUGCCUCCACCAGAACACCUCUGUGUGGUACAUGCAGCUGGCCCUGCGCUGGGGGCCCAGCCCCUGGGGCUGGCGGUGGGGCUGCGGGGCUCUGUGAGGAGAGGUCGGGGCCGCCCCUGCUGGGCACAGCCGGUUCUGGCUGGUUCCAGCCGGUUCGGUGACAGCCCCACUGCCAGGCACAGCUGAGCCCAGCUUUGAGGCUGGUGGCACCUCUGGGAAAGUGUAUUUAAGAAAGGGCAAAAUGCCACAGGGCAGUGAGGGGUGAGGG